AUGCCCUCCGAGUCGGAUAACGAGAUCAUCGAGUACAUAGAUCGAGGCCACUAUCACUAUGCCCAGACCUUGCUUCAGCAAAAGAGCAAACGGUUCCCGCAACGGCCGCUAUAUCCGAUUUUGCAAAACAAAAUUCUUGCCAAAACAGGCCAUCAGAAAGCAGCAGUGGAGAAAAACCUUCUGAUCUUGCAAUCGUGUCCCAACGACAUAGACUCCAUCGUUCAGUUGAGCAAUUUUUUCCUGGAGUUGGAGAUGGAGAAGGAGGCAAAUGCUUGUUUUGAAAAUGCCAUCAAACGGUUCCCGACCAAAGCGGGCGACUUGGGGAUGAUCUGGUUCGAAAACUGCGUUGAGACGUUGGAUGUCAACAAGCUCAACAGGAUCUUCCUGCAUUUGAACAAAUCCAACAAGCAAGAGGCAAAAUAUUGCUACUGGUACGCGUUCCUGUUCUAUCUCAUGGUUGCGCAAAACACCGCCGACGAUGAGUCGAAAUCGAAACUUUUCAGGAUGUUUGGCAAGAAGUUGAUUGAAGGCAUUCAGGAGGCCCACCCUUUUGCCAAUUGCUCGGAGCUUUACGUGUACACCAGAUUUUUGCUUCUAGAGAAAGAUUAUCAAGCGAUUCAAUCGAUUUUGAGCGAGGUUAAAUUCCCGUUGGACUUGGAACUUCAGAUAUUGUACCUCGAAUCGAUGCGCGAAAAUGAAAGUUGGCAUAAAUUGUACUCGCACGCGACUAAACUUCUCUUGGACGACAAGUUUGAUGAUUAUGAUACUUGGAUUCUUUGGAUUAACGCGGGCAAGAACGUUGGCAAAGACUAUGCCGAGUUGAGGUCGAAAUUGGGCGGUGGUGGCGAUGGUGGUGGUAGGAAUGAGUCCUUGGUCAAGAUCGAGUUGGCGCUACUCUUUGAUAAGGAUCCAACGAGCGAGAUUGGCGAGUAUUACGACAAUUUCAACGGCAAGAUGUGCUGUUACAAUGAUUUGUCAAAAUACAAUCUCUCUAAGCAAAUGAAGGAACAAAUACGCUCUAGAACCAAGAGUAUUCUCGCCAGUGACUCCAAGGAUAGCAAACAGGUCAUCACGCUAGUCAAUAACCAGCGAUUACAUCCAACGGUGGACAACUGGGAAAUCUUCAAUGCCUAUACUGACUUCUCCUCAAGCAAGUCUGAAUUUGACAAUAAUCCAUUAAAUGAGCUAACGUUGGUUUCCAUCAUUACAGAUUUAUCCAAGACCGACUCUAGCAAGGGCAACAGCGACUACUACCAAACUAUCAUCAAGAAUAUUGCCAUCAUUACCGAGCUCCUCAAGUCUGAUAAAUACAACUACAAGCUCAACCUUUGGGCAAUAAAACUAUACUCGCAACUAAACACCAACAAUGCAAUCUUGCCAAUUUACAAGGCAAUGAAAAUCAGGAUGGUCCAACAUGAAACGUUGGGGUACUUGUUGAACAACGCACCAACCUCCGAUAAGUCUACAUUCAAUGAGUUGACGAAUGUCUAUCGAUUUUAUUUAACCUCGGCUCAGGAAAUGAACGAUACUGUAUUAACAGGGUUUGACGAGGGCGUAUACAACAAACUCGGAAGCUUUAUCUCCUUUGGUCAACGAUUGCAAAACUCGAUAUCGCUCAACACCAACGUGCAACAGAAUUUGCAAGCUGCAUUAAUUCAAAACGACACGCAGUUUGCCGACCACUUUAUUCACCACAUCCAAAAGAACCGGAAAAAGAUUGUUUUGGAAGAGUACACCGAUAACAGAGACUUUACAAGUGACUGGAACGCAAUCAACAUCAGCAACGAGUUGCAAAAGGCCAAAGAUGACCAGUUACUUAGAAUCCCCGUGGAUGACGUCUCUAUAAAAAUGCAUUUACUUGUCUAUUUAUUGAUUAAUGAAAACGAUGAAGGUGAAACGUUGAAACUUUUGAAAGCUUUCAACAAGAUCACGAGCUCGGGCUACAGGCCCGACCCAUUCACGUCAUUGCUUUGGAAGUUGUAUUACAACAUCAUCAAGAUCGCAUGCACCAAAAUAAAUGCAAACGAGACGCAAUCUCUUUUCAACUUUGUCCAGAAAAACUUGAAAUUCGACAAACUUGAUCCUUUGGUGGUACCCGAAAACGUCCUAAGCUAUCAAUUGAACAGGAAUCUCCUCAACUUUGCCGAAUUCAUCAAAGUCGUCGCCGCGUUAGCCAAAAGGAAACCGUCGUCUUAUCUAAACCAAGUUUUGAAAUUGGCCAACUCCGCAGCAGCAUCAUUUAGGAGCCUGGACAUUAUUCAGCGACAACUAUCCAUCAUAGACGCUAUGGCGUUUGACGCAUUGCCUUUUGAGUUUGACAUCAACCCCCACUUACGAGAGAUUAAAUCGUCAAUCACCGUAUCGACGCAAUCGAUACUAAACCACAUGUAG